GUUUAGUUGUGUGAAUGUAUAUAUAAAUUGAAUAGAACGAAUCAGAUGGUAAAUUGAGUUUAGAGUAACAGAAUCAACCAAUCAUGUUUCGGGAAUUAUUGGAAAUCGUUUUUUCUACAGUAUUUUAUUUGCACGUGUGUAUUCUGCAUAAAAUUGGCGUUAAAUCAGUUAGGUUAGAGUUAGUUGGACUGUGGAGUGUAUGAGACAAAAAAGCAAGAUAAAAUUCAGAGUAAAAAUCGAGAUAAAAAUAAUUCAUUUAGUGCCAAAAACAUACCAGAUGAUAAAUAAAUAAAUAAAUAAAUAAAUAAAUAAAUAUAUAAAGGAUUAACAUAUAUUUAAUAUUUAAGAAUGGAAAGUAUAAAUGAUAAAAGUAUAAAAAAAAUGUGUAGUACAUAUGAAGAUGAAGAAGAACGAAAACAUUUUCAACGAAUAGUAUCGGCUUUCAAACACUACAAACCACAUUCUCUCCAACGAAUAAGAAAAACAGAAAAUUAUCUUAAUUCGUUGCCAUCACACCAUCAACAAUUACUCGUAAAUUACCGUGAACAUUUACAACAAGUCAGAAUGUGUAUUGAGCACAAUGCAGAAAUUAUUAAAUUAAUAACUCGAGGUGCGCCUUGCAUUUUUGAAAAUGUCAGCCCACCAAAUGAUCAAAAUGAAAGUACACUGAAUCCUCGACCAAUUUUGGCGGACCAAGAAAAAGUCCAAGCAACAAUUAAGCAGUUGGUUAGAGAUUGGAGUAUCCAAGGAAUCGAUGAAAGGAAAACUUGUUAUCAGCCUAUUAUUGAUGAAAUUAUAAGGCAAUUUCCAUCAGAGCAUUGUACAUCUUCAGAAAUAAACAUUCUUGUACCUGGUGCAGGACUUGGAAGACUUGCAUAUGAAAUAGCAAAACGUGGUUACCGAUGUCAAGGGAAUGAAUUUUCAUUAUUCAUGUUGUUCGCUUCACAUUUCGUUCUUAAUAAAUGUAGGGAAGUUAAUUCAUUUAAAAUUUAUCCUUGGGUUCAUCAAUAUAUGAACAAUUUAUGUUCAUCGCAUCAAACUCAGGAUGUAUUUUUUCCGGAUGUUAACCCGAGUGAUUUACCAGAAGAUGCACAAUUUUCCAUGACUGCUGGAGAUUUUUUAGAGGUUUACAAUGAGAAUGAACAUUGGAAUUGUAUUGCUACUUGUUUUUUCAUCGAUUGUGCUAAUAACAUAGUACAAUUUAUUGAAACAAUUUAUAAAAUUCUCAAACCUGGAGGUCUUUGGAUUAAUCUUGGUCCAUUAUUGUAUCACUUUAGUGAUAUGCCUGGAGAAGAUUCUAUUGAGCCAAGUUAUGAAGUAAUACGUCAAGUAAUUAAAGGAUUUGGAUUUAUUAUUGAGAAGGAACAAACGCAAGUAAGAACACGUUAUGCUCAAAAUAUAAACAGUAUGCUUCAAUGCGAAUAUAACAGUGUUUACUUUGUAUGCAAAAAACCAAAUAGACUCACAGCAAUUGAUAUAACAAACGAAUUGGAUACGAAUGGAGUACAUGAACAAAAUUUUCUUCAAAUGAAAGAUAAUAUGAGCUAGCGUGAACAAAAAUUGAUUUAUCAAAAAAUUCAACUGAAAGCAUAAUUUUUCAUUUUACAUUAUAGGUUCUGUGCUCAUAUUUGGUUUCGGUGGCUUAACAAGAUAAAGUGAUUUAUAAAUAUCAUCUAAAGGAAGUUUAUCGUGUAGUGUAACCGAAAAUAAUGGAGCAUCCCAUCGAUUCUUGCUAUCUGGAGGCUCAUACCUAUAACAUAAAUUCUUUAGAUACUAUGUUUAAUUUCGAUUAUAAUUAGGUUAAAUUUACCUUGUAAUCAAAGAAUCGAAUAUUUCACGGGAAUAUUUAUCAUCAUCCGGCUUUUGUUCAUUUAAGAGCCAAGAAUGUUCAGUAGGAACUUCACAGUAAAUUGUACAUUGAGGAGUUUUUAACGAUUUUGAUAAACAAUAUAAUUCAUAACGAUAUCCUUUAAUGUAAUUAGAUCCAUCAAUUAUCAGAAUGUCA